CAAAAGUACACCAUUUGACGACCAAGGAUGAAUCGCUAUAGAUCAGCCGGUGCUUCAAAGGCGACGGCUACCACAUUGUGUCAGAAAUGUCUCAAAAGAGGUCAUUAUAGCUACGAAUGCACGGCAUCUCAGCAGGACAGGCCAUAUGCUUCACGGCCGUCUCGAACACAACAAUUGGCAAAUCCUAAACUCGCGCCUAAGAUUGUAGAAGCAACUUCGAAGGAACAGGAUGCGGAGCGAGAGCGAAAGCAGCAAUUGGAUGUGUCUAGGCAUGGCAAGGACCGACACUCGCGGUCUCCAUCAAGCAGCAGCUCGGACUCGGUGUCGACCAUCUCUACCAAUCGAUCCCGCUCGCCAUCCCGUUCACCGGUGCGUGAUCGACGCAGUGCCGGAGCGAAUGGACAACAUGACAGUGCUACACGUGAUGCGAAACGGCGGCGGCGGUCUCGGUCACGAUCGCGAUCGCCGUAUCGUGAGGGUGAGCGAGAGCGAAGACUGCGAGCGGAGAGCGGAAGUCGGGAACGACAAAACACGAGAGCGUCUGUUGGGGAGGGUCGUGCGUCGUAUCGAGAGCGAAGUCCAAGUCCGUACAGCAAACGGCGGGCGCAUUCAUGAGCUGUGGUGGGCAUGAAGGUUAUGAUCACAAAUCAUCAUCAGAUAUGAGAGGGGCCUAUCCGGCAUCUUCCCGGUCGGAGUGGAGUGCAGAUGGUUGCCGGGAGUUGAUAAAUAAAGGCAAUGGCCGGCUAAUGAAAACCCAAUGAUCAGAGACGGGCAGAAGAAUGCUACGUGCUGUUGAUAAGGUUUUCUUGGAUGUACAACGGCAGGACAUGCGUGGAGUCAAGUCCGAUGCACCUCGACUCCACCCCUCGUAAAUUCCAGUUCUGGAGGAAUAAGCACGGGAGAGGUCCACAUCCGCCUUCAUCACAGAUGGUCACGGUGUGAUGCCUGACAAGGGAGUUGGAUAUCUCCAGGACGUGCAUUGGAUGGAUGCGGCCCGUUGCUACUGAUGUGCAUGUGGAUGGUUCACAAUCAAUGGCAGGUGCAAGUGUGGUCCCGACGCGGUUAUUAGAGUUUUAAGGUUCGGCAGUGAAUCCUGCUGGCGGCGAU